GAGACAGAGAGCUUGAGAACUAUAUCUGAGAUGCCGGGUCCUAGUGCUGUGCGGUUUGCUCAUGAUCUGUUUUUCAGGAAAGGACUGUCCAGGUUACAUGAGCUACAGCUGGAGGGGAAGGCAAAGUAUGGCCCUGUGUGGAAGGCACAUUUCGGGCCUAUCCUGACAGUACAUAUUGCAGAUCCAUCAUUAAUCGAACAAGUCUUGCGGCAGGAAGGGACCCUUCCAAUCCGUUCUGAUUUAUCAUCUUGGAAAGAUUACAGACAAUAUAGAGGACAUGCUUAUGGGCUCCUCACAGCGGAAGGAGAGGAGUGGCAGAGGCUCCGCAGCACGCUCAGCAAACACAUGUUGAAACCAAAGGAAGUGGAGGCAUACGGUGGUGUCCUUAAUGAAGUUGUCACUGACCUGAUCCACAGGCUCCGGCACCAACAGACCAAGAACGACCAGGUCCUGGUGAAGGAUCUGGCAGAAGAGUUUUAUAAAUUCGGAUUAGAAGGUAUCUCUUCAGUGCUGUUUGAGACACGGAUUGGCUGCCUCAAGUCUGAUGUUCCCAUGGAAACAGAAGAUUUUAUCCAGUCGAUUAACACCAUGUUUCAAAUGACACUCAUCACCAUGGCGAUGCCAAAGUUUCUACGCAAAAUCUACCCAAAACCCUGGUGCAAAUUCAUUGCCUGCUGGGAUUACAUGUUUUCUUUUGCUAAAGGACACAUAGACCAAAGGAUGGCUGAAAUUCAACAGAAAGUAGCGAAAAGGGAGCCAAUUGAGGGGAAAUACCUGACCUACUUUCUGUCCUCACAGAAUCUCCCCAUGAAAGCUAUUUAUGGCAAUGUCACAGAAUUGUUACUCGCUGGUGUAGACACGAUUUCCAGCACAAUGUCCUGGACACUAUAUGAGUUGUCCAGGCACCCAGAUGUUCAGACAGACCUAUUCCAAGAAAUCAAAGAGAUAGUUGGAGAUAAGCCCAUCCCCUCAGCCAAUGAUGUGGCAAAGAUGUCCCUCAUGAAAGCUGUUGUGAAGGAAGUACUAAGGCUUUAUCCUGUAAUCCCAGGUAACGCUCGUGUGAUUCCAGAUAAAGAUAUCCAAAUUGGAGAAUAUAUCAUUCCCAAAAACACUCUGAUUACGCUGUGUCAUUAUGCAACCUCACGAGAUAAGGAGGUUUUCCCCAAUCCUGACUGCUUUCAGCCCAAACGAUGGCUUCACAAGGAUCAGAGUUUUCAUCCCUAUGCAUCCAUCCCGUUUGGAUUUGGGAAGAGGAGCUGCAUUGGAAGAAGAAUUGCAGAGUUAGAGAUCUACCUAGCACUGGCUCGAAUUCUAAUCCACUUUGAGGUGAGACCAGAGUUUAAGGGUGGCAUCGUAAAACCAAUGACUCGAACUCUGCUGGUGCCAGAGCAGGAAAUCAAUCUACAAUUUAUUGACAGAUGA